UGUGGGCUUUCCUUGAAGUUGCUUCACUCACCGGAUAUAUAAAAUCCAUCAAGUUCUCGAAUUUGAUUGAUUUAUACCAAUUUAGAAUCAACCCAAUUGUCUUUUUAAAGAACCCAACUCUUCUUUUUCUCAAAUGCUUUGGGAUUGACUAGAAAUAAUAUAUAUAAAAAAGUAGCAAUUGUGAAUGGAAGAGAGCAACGCAAGGAGCAAGUUCAAGAGGAUUUGUGUGUUCUGUGGAAGCAACUCUGGCCGCAGAAAAGUAUUCAGUGAUGCUGCUCUUGAGUUGGGCAAUGAACUGGUCAAGAGGAAGAUAGAUUUGGUGUAUGGUGGGGGAAGUGUCGGGUUGAUGGGUUUAAUAUCCCAGACAGUGUACGAUGGAGGUUGCCAUGUUCUUGGGGUCAUUCCAAAAGCUCUCAUGCCUCUUGAGAUAUCUGGUCCAACUGUUGGAGAAGUAAGAACAGUUACAGACAUGCAUGAGCGUAAGGCUUCUAUGGCUCAAGAAGCUGAUGCCUUUAUUGCUCUUCCUGGAGGAUAUGGAACUAUGGAAGAGCUGUUGGAGAUAAUCACAUGGGCCCAACUUGGGAUUCAUAUGAAGCCGGUUGGUUUGCUUAAUGUUGAUGGGUACUAUAAUUCCUUGCUGGCACUAUUUGACAAUGGUGUUGAAGAAGGUUUCAUCAAGCCAUGUGCUCGGCAUAUAGUUGUCUCUGCUCCAACAGCCAAAGAACUUGUGGUGAAGAUGGAGCAAUACACUCCUUCCCAUGAACAUGUUGCUUCUCAUGAAAGCUGGCAAAUGGAGCAACUUGAUAACUCUCAAGCCAAGAAAACGCAAGAUCGUUUCAUGGCAUACUUUGGUUUGAGGUCGAUCGAAACGCUAUUCCAUGGUCGCAUUUAGUUGUUACCACUAGUUCAAGGGGUACUCAGAAAUGGAAAGAUUUUAUUUACAGUUUUAAUAGUACAUAAUUUUCUGGUGUAGUGCCAGGGGAGAUGGUCCUACAAUACAGAGGCUUCAUUGGAUUAGGUAGAUGACUGUAUACAACUUUAUAUGUUGGGGAAGCUGUUGUGCUUAGGCAUUCCAGAACUUUUAUUCUGAAGCUUGCACAUUGUACCAUCAGGAGCGAUGUGCCCAAGAAUGCUUCAGAGAAGAUGCAUCAUGUUCCAUUUGGGGAAUUUUUUUUAAAAACAAAACUGCUUGUGAAAUUAGCAUGGAGGUUGAAAUAUAUGUGAUCAACUAAGUU